AACUCUAAACUCCAAAGAUUCAAAUAAGAAGAAGAAGAAGAAGAAGAUGGAGGAGAGUACAGAAGAAACAAAGAAUUCAAUCCCUCAAGAUAUUAUCUUCCAAGUACUGAAAGAACUUCCUGCAAAAUCCUUACUCAGAUUCAGGUGCGUUUCAAAGCUAUGGUGCUCCAUCGUGGACAGCCCACUGUUCAUCAACUCCCACCGUGGUCGAUCCCAUACUCGACAAGGCGGUAUCACAAUCCUUAUGCUUGCACAGCCUUAUCCUUAUGGUCCUGAUGGUGAGCAUGUCACUCACUUUUUUUCAAUAAACCCACAGGGAAUAGAACCGCCUUGUCCGGUUCAAACACUGCCCUUCGCCGAUAAUUUCAGUCUCAUACAGUUCGUUAAUGGCUUAGUCUGUUACGGCAACAAUGUGUGGAACCCUAGCACAAGAGAGAUCUUAACCCUUCCACCUGUACCUUGUGAACUAGUUUCCAAUUACACCAAAUGGACUUUUUUUAGUUAUUGCUUUUUAGGGUUUGCUCCCAAUAGUAAUGAAUACAAAGUAGUCAACAUAUGUCAAAAAUAUAGAAAAGGACUUAACGGAGACAAGGAAACUGGAGCAUCGCAGUGUAAGAUUUUGACUCUGGGUCUCGGCACUGGAAGCAUGUGGAGAGAUAUUGAUUCUGAUUCUGAUGAUUGUCUCGCAAGUCAGUUGAGCAAUUUUUAUAUGUCAAGAGUGUGUUGUGUUAAUGGAACUAUAUAUUGCUGGGGGACGAGUCAGGGUAAGAUUUUGGCUUUCGAUGUUGAACAAGAGAAGUUCAGAUAUAUUUGUCAUCCAGAUGAUGCAAAUUUUUCAAUAAAGCUCAUACAAGUCAGAGAUUGUUUGGCAUUGAUAAAUACCAAACUUGACAAGAUUUGGAUGUUAGAUGAAAGUUUGGGGGUAAAUUGGAAGACGGAGAGUUUGCUCAUUCCACAUAUUUACAAGACUCAUGGUCCUUGGCGAAUGUUGAUUCCUGUUGGUUCAAUUCAUAGAGGUGAUGAGAUUUUACUACAUUGGCGGAGAGAAAGUGAUGAAAUUUUACAUCUACCGGAGGGACGAGUACAAAGGAAGGAAUUCUUAGAAUUAUUUUACUACGAGUUGCAAGGCAAAAGUUUGAGGAAGAUUUGUGUUAUUAGUCAUCUACCGGGUCUACCCAACUCAUUUGUCAACACAACAUCUCAAAUCGCUUUCGCCAAACAAGUGGAAUGCUUGUUCCGGUUCAAGGGAUGCAGUGUAUCUCAAAAAUAAAAUAAAAUAAAACUUUGUUAGGUAAUUUUUCUACAAUUUAACAUUUCAGCCUCUUUGUUAUUUUAAAGGUUUAUUUUCAUUUGAAGGCAUAUUUAGAAGGUUUAUGGUAGCGACAAUAAGAUUUGGUUGUAAAUGAACCAUUUUAUAAGCAAAAUGAUUUAUUGAUGUAUCUUCAAAAAGGAGAAUACAAGUAAUUCUACAAAAAGAUACAUCAAGGAACAGAGCAUUUUAAUGGAAAAAAUCAUCAAGUUUUCUGGUUGUA